AUGUCUUCCGACAUUGCCGAUGAGACAUCAGUCCCCACUUCAAAAUGGAAAGAAUGCCUCAAAAUGGCACUUCCCCACGUUGGCCUCUAUUUGUUCCUCUUCAUUUACUUGUUGGUUGGAGCGAAAGCUUUCUAUUGGAUCGAAUAUGAAGUUGAUAAAAGGAUACAAGCGACUAAAUUAAACAAAAUCAAAGAGAUAUAUCGUAGUAUUGCAUCAGAAAUAAGAGAUAUGUCCGGUGAUAACAAUGUGUGGAAGCUCUCAGAGGAUAAUAUCUUCCGCCAAUUAUCCAAAUUAUCAUCAAUUCACGAGAACAGACCUUUUCAUUUGGACCCCAGUUUGAACUCCGUGGAUGCUUUACCACCACGAUGGAGUGAAAGUAGCUCGUUCCUAUAUGCCUUGAGUAUACUGACAACCACAGGGUACUCUAAUGCUGUGCCUGUAACUCCAAUGGGACAAAGCGCAGCUAUAAUCUAUGGCCUAAUCGGAAUACCUCUGAUGGUUUUAGCAGCCGUUGAUAUUGGCAGAUUUCUCUCACAUAUAGUUCUAACUUUGUAUUCAAAAUAUAGCAUCAUUUGGAAAAAAUAUUGCGUGAAAGAAGAUCCAAUGAAACAUGUAUGUGGUAAGAAGUCCACCUCAAGUUUGAGGCACAGAGUUUCAAUAAGAUCGCAUAAGAGUUCACGUUCACGAAGUGAAAUAGUAGAGGAUGUUGUGGAAGAGAACCAAGCGGAAAAGGAAAAAGAGCGAACAACUAAGCUCCCCUUAAGUAUAACAGGAUCUAUUCUAUUGGUAUUCUGUAUGUUAGGGGGUGUAACAUACAUUGCUGCUGGUGGUCAAGCAACUUUCAUCGAGGCGUUCUUUGUAACGUUCAACCUCGUGGCUAAUUUAACCAUGAGCGAAAUGCCAAACGAUCUGAAUCAUGUUCUUACCAUAAUUUAUAUUUUCGUGUUUGUGACCUUCGGGGUUGCCGUAUUAUCAAUGUGCGCUGAACUGGCUGCUUCUGAAUUGAAGGAAAUCUUCUUGAAAAUUCACUAUUUCGGACGUAAGAUUAAUUUCAAGCGUAAACAAAAGAAAGAACAAAUGGAGGUUGAAGUUAAAGAACUACUGAAAAUAAUAGAAGAGAUUAGACGAAGAUAUCCUGAUAAGGAACAUAUCACAUCUUUGGACAUCCUUCAGUAUAUGCAUGAAGCGACUGCUAUGAAUGCUUUGACUGAAAGACGAGACACAAUAGCUUUCAUGCCUCAAACGAUGGAAAUUCUACGAUUUGCUGAUGAACAAGAUAUGGAGGAAAGAAGCUGUAGUAGAAUAGAAGAGGCUCCGUUGAUUGACAGGACAAGUCGAAUGGUUGAUGUACUGCAGUUCUCCCAUGAUGUAGAUUUGGAAAACAAAUUCUAUCAUGAACUGCGGAAGUACACGAGGGAAAUGAACCGGCAAACUGUAACAGCGACGCUAAUUCUGAAAAUAGACGGCUAUACUUCUGGAACUAGGCUUUAA